AUGACUGAACUCGAAAGUGCUUCAAAUAUUGUCGGAAUGGCCGAAUGGUCUUCCUUACCUUCGCCGCAACAGUCUCAUUAUCAAGCGGCUAGACCUUAUUUACCACCUCCACUUGGUAAUCACGUCUCAGGACCAAGCAGCAACGUCUCUUCGGGCAAUGGUUUAUUGAGUUCAAACGUAUCUUCUGUGUCAUACAACGCUUCAUCCGCCAAUCAGUACAGCCCGUCGUCAAUAAAGACUGAACAGCCUUCUUCGGUCCAAUCAAAUGUAUCUUCUCCAAAUGUAACAUCGGGUGCUAAUGCACAAUUGGAACCUUUCAAUAACAAUAACAGAAAGACGUCAGCAACGACUACCCCUAUGACAUCACCAACAAAGAAUCCCCAAGAUCUCGUAGUUGAGACUCAUAUUCAGGGCAAACCACCGUACUCUUAUGCUACCUUGAUUACUUAUGCGAUCACAAAUAGUCCCAACAAACAACUCACGUUAAACGAGAUUUACAAUUGGGUUAUGGAAAACUAUCCUUACUAUAAGACCGCUGGUACUGGAUGGAAGAAUUCUAUUCGACAUAAUUUAUCUUUGAACAAGACCUUUGUUCGUGUACCUCGUCCAAUCAAUGAACCAGGAAAAGGAUCUUACUGGACAGUUGAUUUCCGUGCAGCCGAGGCAGAGCAGCAACAUCGUUCUCGAAGUCGAAAUAACCGAUCAUCAAGUGAUCCAACCCCAUAUCGAUCAUCAGAUCCAUGGAAUUCAUACGAUAAUCGUCGUUAUAGAACAGAACCAAUGACCGCUGUACCUGAAAUGAAUCGAUCGUAUUUUGAUAGUGUGGUCAACCCAUACGGUGUGCAGGGAAUGCAACAACCUUAUCGUCCAAUUCGCUCACCCAGAGGCUACACCCAUACAACGAUGGGACAGCAUUACCUUCCCGCACAAGGGUUAGGAAGUGGAGCAACCGGAAUCGCCGGAACACAACCAACCAUGUCAUAUACCGGUGCUGGCAUCGGAAAUCUCACCGCUGUCACAAAUUACGACAUUUCAGAUUACACGAGCCUUCACAGUCACGCUCACGUAGAGGGACACAACGCCGCCUUCAACAGUUAUGGCGCUCAUCCAAUGUACCAGUCACAAAUGACACAUCCAGACACCAACACACCGGUGUCUCACACAUCUUUUGUUUAA